AUGACUUUGGAUUCUGAAUGGGUUGUAGUUCACCGCUUAGUGCUGCUGUCUGGAAUUGAACCCCAGAACAUACACUGCUGCAUACAAUCUUGCAUCGCUUAUACGGGACAAUAUGCCGAUAUACCAAACACAGGACAUCCUCGACGCACAUUCAUGUACAUUCCUCUUAUUCCUCGACUUCAAGCUCUCUUUCAUAAUCCCACCAUAAUUGAGCAAAUGGCUUAUCAGCACAACUUUGUACAGAGUGAUAGGCUUAUCAGGGAUGUGUUCGAUGGCGAGUGGUACCACAAACUUCGCUCCCGUCAUCGAAGACACAAAUACUUUCACAAGCCACAUGACAGACGUCGUGGGGGCCCAUCUGCUACUCCCAUCCUUCUACAAAAUUUCAACCUCCCUCUGCAGAUCCGAACUCGCCUAGAGAAUCUCAUCUGCGUCGGAUCUUUCCUUGCUCCCUUCGAUGACGAGUUGCGAACACUUGAUGCAUCCACUCGAAAUCAUUUUGAUCUCCAUGCAUACGUCAUCUUCGAGGACGGUGAUAUUGUUGCUAUUGAAAAGCUAUUAAACAUCAAGGGUCACAAUGCGAUACAAGGAGUACGAAAUAUCACUGGCCACGGCAAACCUCGGCCAUCUCUUGACCCUCGCCAUCUGCCUCUUCGCUCACACCAGAGCUACCUUAAGACACACGACAAAUUACAGUCAGCCACAACAAGAACAGAGAAAGCGGCCAUUGCCAAGCAGACUGGUAUUCGUGGCCCCCCUGCACUACGACGUGUGGAAUCAUUGGACUACUCAAAAUCGUUUCCAUAUGAAUGGAUGCAUCUGUUUCUGGAGAAUGUUGUGCCUACCCUCGUAAAUCUGUGGACUGGUCGUUUUAAAGGCCUUGAUUCUGGUUUCGGGAACUACGAGAUCCCGGAUGACAUUUGGGAAGAAAUUGGAGCUGAGACAGCGGGCGCCGUCAAGGACAUCCCUGCAGCCUUUGUACAGGCCCUUGGAAAUAUUGCUCAUGACCGUUCAAAUUUUACAGCCGAAGCAUGGGGAUUUUGGUUCAUGUACCUGGCCCCAAUCAUACUCAAGGAUCAAUUUGAAGAUGUGAAGUACUAUGACCACAUGUGUGAACUUGCAGGGAUGAUGAAGAAAAUGCUGCAAUUCCAGCUUACUUAUGGGACUAAUCCAAUGGGUCAAAACAUACGAAGAGAUCGAUUGUCAACAUGCACCCUCCCCAUCCAUGGUCUACUUCACGUGGCAAGUGGGAUACGCUUCUGUGGACCAGUAUGGACAAGCUGGACAUUUUACAUGGAGUGCUACUGUGGCUUUCUCCAGGCUCACCUGCAUUCGCGCCGAUUUCCUUGGAGUAAUAUCAGUCGGCGGGUGUUGUAUAUGGCCUAUCUGACCCAAGUGACAGUAAAAUAUGACCUUGGCGAAGACUUUCAUGGUGAACUGCGACGGGGUGAAAGGGUUUUUGAUACAUGUACGUGCUCGUCUAUCUAUCAACUGACAACAUGGCAGACAGUUUAA